UGGAGGUGGAGCCGAGCCCUCUGCCGACUGGCAGGAGGGAAAGUUCGGCAGAGGCGGGAGCAGCGCAGCUGAGGGACCCCGCCCGGCUGUCAGCAGGGCUGCUGGGAGUCAUAAAGAGGCAGAGAGAACUCAUCAGGGAAAGGACUACCGUGACAGCCUCCUUUACCGUUAAGCCAUAAAGAGCAGAAAGAAAAGUGGUGGCGCUGAGCGGUACGCGGUGCUAGCAGAAGGGGGCGGUACUUUCUCUCUGGACCCUGACUGGAAGCCCAGUGCGACUCCAGGGCAGUCACCAACAGAAGCAGAUGUGCGAGCCCAGCAGCUUGUGUGUCUCUCUUUCUGCCGAGACUCUUUUCCAUUACAAGGAGAGAAGCCAGGAUCGUUUUUAACCACUGAAGGACUUAUGUAGCCCUCAUCCGUGCAGGACCCCCUCGUCUUCGGCACAGCAGGAAGGCUAUGAUGGGAGCAAAUGAAAGAACUUGGAGGAUCCACUUAAUCGAUUGUUUCUGCCUAGAAGAUCUUCUUUUGGAAUCAGGAGAGCCGUCUUAUGUAAUGGUUGACUUCCAAAGGCAGGCCGCCUUCUAGAAGGAAAUGGAUGAAAUUGGUCCAGGGGACAUCAGAGGCACUGCGGUCUAACCAGGAAAGCCCUUGUGUGGGGCCUUCCCGGUGCCCUGGGAUGCUGCACACGCUGGACGCAUGGCCUGCACCUGAAUGAGGAUGGUCCGUCGUGGGCUGCUAGGGUGGAUUUCUCGGGUAGUGAUUCUGCUGGUUCUGCUCUGCUGUGCCAUCUCUGUCCUCUACAUGUUAGCCUGCACCCCAAAAGGCGACCAGGAGCAGCUGGGACUGCCACGGGCCAAUGGCCCCACGGGCAAAGAUGGCUACCAAGCUGUGCUGCAAGAGCGUGAGGAACAGCAUCGCAACUACGUGAACAGCCUUAAGCGACAGAUAGCGCAGCUCAAGGAUGAACUGCAGGCACGCAGUGAGCAGCUCCGCAGCGGGCAGGACCAGGCCAGCGAUGCUACCAGCCUGCGCUCAGGCUGGGACCCUGCACCAAGAGCCCAGGCCGAUCUGCUGGCCUUCCUGCGUGGGCAGGUGGACAAGGCCGAGGUCCAUGCAGGUGUUAAACUGGCCACCGAGUAUGCUGCCGUGCCUUUCGAUAGCUUCACCCUACAGAAAGUGUACCAGCUGGAGACUGGCCUGACCCGCCACCCUGAGGAGAAGCCGGUCAGGAAGGACAAGCGUGAUGAGUUGGUGGAAGCGGUCGAAUCGGCCCUGGACAGUCUGAACAGCCCCGUGGAGAGCAGCCCACACCAGCGUCCUUACACAGCUGCGGACUUCAUAGAAGGGAUAUACCGAACAGAAAGGGAUAAGGGCACUUUGUAUGAGCUCACCUUCAAAGGGGACCACACCCAUGAAUUCCAGCGCCUUGUCCUGUUUCGGCCCUUUGGCCCCAUCAUGAAAGUGAAAAAGGAAAAGCUCAACAUGGCCAACACACUUAUCAACGUUAUCGUGCCCCUGGCGAGGAGGGUGGACAAGUUCCGGCACUUCAUGCAGAACUUCAGGGAGAUGUGUAUCCAGCAGGAUGGAAGAGUUCAUCUCACCGUUGUUUACUUUGGGAAAGAAGAAAUGAAUGAAGUCAAAGGAAUACUUGAGAACACUUCCAAAGCUGCCAACUUCAGAAACUUCACCUUUAUCCAGCUGAAUGGAGAAUUUUCCCGGGGUAAGGGACUGGAUGUCGGAGCCCGCUUCUGGAAGGGAAGCAACGUCCUGCUGUUUUUCUGUGACGUGGACAUCUACUUCACCUCUGAGUUCCUCAACACGUGCAGGCUGAACACACAGCCAGGAAAGAAGGUAUUUUAUCCGGUUCUUUUCAGUCAGUAUAACCCUGGCGUAAUCUACGGCCAUCAUGAUGCAGUCCCACCCCUAGAGCAGCAGCUGGUCAUCAAGAAGGAAACGGGGUUUUGGAGGGACUUCGGGUUUGGGAUGACUUGUCAGUACCGCUCAGACUUCAUCAACAUAGGUGGCUUUGACCUGGACAUCAAAGGCUGGGGUGGUGAAGAUGUGCACCUGUACCGGAAGUAUCUCCACAGCAACCUCAUCGUGGUCCGCACACCUGUACGGGGGCUAUUCCACCUUUGGCAUGAGAAGCGCUGUGUGGAUGAACUGACCCCCGAGCAGUACAAGAUGUGCAUGCAGUCCAAGGCCAUGAAUGAGGCUUCCCACGGGCAGCUGGGGAUGCUUGUCUUCCGGCAUGAAAUAGAGGCUCACCUUCGCAAACAGAAGCAGAAAGCGGGCAGCAAAAAGACAUGAUCUCCCAGGCACAGAUUAGUGGAGACAUUUAAGUUGUUUGCCUUUGGCGGUUGCUGAAAAACUGGAUGCAAUAAGGUAUAGACUUCCACACAGGGCGACAAAGAAUCUGGCUGGUGACUUAGAGAUGAAAGGAGCGAGUCUCCGGUUUCUGUGGGCUCGGAGUGUGGUGACAGUGACUGUGUUUACAGCAGAAUGAUCUCUCUGUCCCUGCACACUGAAAUAUUCACAACCUCAGACAAGCUUUGAAAAAAUUCACUAGAAGAGAAGCAAGCGUUCUGGCUUCUCAUCUUAGGGAUGGCUAAUUCAGAGGGCUCUGGUGUCCAGGACUAACAACAUCUCAGAAGGAGCAGAGGACCUGCAGGCAUGGAGAUCGAGCAUGAGCGCCCUCCAGGGGACAGCGAGCAAAAUCAAAGGGACCUGGGAACAAACUGUCAAUAUUGUCAUCCCCCCAAUAUUAGCCAAAAAACCCCUCUCUUUUCAGUUAUCAUUUAGUUACUAUUCCGAAAAUGCACUUUUCCUUGUGUUAUUCUUAUUUAAUUACCUAUUUGCAAGACUUAGUAGGAGCACAUGGUAGUAUAUACACUUUUAUGAUUUUAAGAUUUGUUUUUAUUUUUUCUUGAUUUUCUUGGUUUGUUUAUUGGAGAGAGUCUUGACACAGACCCUGAGCUAACUUUGAAAUAAUGAUCCUCCUCCCUUAGCAGCCCAAGUGCUGAAAUUAUGGUUAUGCACCAGCAUAUCUGGCAAGAAGGUACCUAUAGGGGUGUGUGAAGAGAAGUUCCUAUACAGGUGUGCGAUGAGAGGUGCCUAUAGGGGUGUGCGAUGAGAGAGGCACCCGUGGAGGUGUGUGAUGUGAGGCACCUAUACAGGUGUGUGAAGAGAAGUUCCUAUACAGGUGUGUGAAGAGAGGUACCUAUAGAGAGAGGUGUGCGAUGAGAGGUGCCUAUAGGGGUGUGUGAAGAGGAGAGGUGCCUAUAGGGGUGUGUGGUGAGAGGUGUCUAUAGGGGUGUGUGAAGAGAGGUACCUAUAGAGAGAGGUGUGUGAUGAGAGCGUCUGUGGAGCUGUGUGACUAGAGGCACCUAUGGAGGUGUGUGAGGAGAACCCCAGUUGCAGACAUCUGAGAGCCAAAAGCUAAGGCUGCGAGUGGGCCGCAGAGAGAAAUGCAGAAGCUGUCCAAGACUAUCCGAAGAGGGGCAAACACUGGAGAAAGGAAGACGCUUUUAUCUUCACUGAGAAGGGACGCUACGGCCUUGGUCUCUUUGCCGGAGAACAUACUUUCUCCUCUGGAGAAAAGGGGACCACUUCCUUACCUAUUUGAAUAAACCAAAGUUAUGAACCAAACAACCGCUUUUCAAAGCAGGGUGCUCUUCCUGGUCUCUGGCUUCUAGAAGAAGAAAAUGCAGGAAAAAAAUAGACAUAUAUUUUGUGAAAGACCAGUCCAUCAUUCCAGCGAGAUGGAGGAUUUUGCUACAUUUUCACUGCUUCCUGACUAUGUGGAAGCAACUUAUUUUUAAAAUAAGCAAUGGUACUUGAUUGCCAAGAAGCUUCUGAAGCUUGCAUUUUCUUAGGUCUUCAAAAUCUUUUUUAAAAAAUAAAUAUGGUUACCAUUGAGUGGUUUCUCCAUCCAUGUGCAAAUUAUUUAUUUAUUAGCCAGCACCGGAUGCAUGAGCUAAUUACCUGUUCUGUCUCCAUGCCUUCUGUUUGCUCACAGUAAAUUCAUUGUUUAAACGCUUCAAGAACACUCAAGCUGUGUGCAAAAAAAAAAAAAAAAAAUGAAAACAUUGUAUUGAUUUGUACUGGUAGUUUAUAAAGUUUAAUUAAACCAUGAGACAUGAAUGAAAAGUGGUAUUGCACAGCUAAUAAAAUUUGUGAAUUUGA